AGGAUCCUUCACCACCAACGCUCACCUAUCCCCCUCCAACGCCUCCAACAUGGCUCCAUCACGCCGUACCACGCAACCAAUCGUCAAACCUGAUCCCUCCUCCCAGCCCCGACCCGCCUCAGCCUCCCCAUCUCGUUCUCCCGAACCCGCUCUCGAACCCAUCCCUGACCACUUUCCUCUCGACCCCCAAACCCUGCACAAACUCUCGAAUUUACCAAAUGAAUACCACAUGCUCACAAACCAUCUCUCGAAGGCUAUAACAUACGUUGCUGAUACAGCGGUUGACUGCGAGGAGGUCGAGGCGAACUCGACGACUGCGCAGGCGUUGGAUAUGGCGCUGAGGGCGUUGAUCGAUAUCCAGGCUCAGGUCGAGCGGGACCGAACGACGCUGCAGAACGUUCAUCGAGAUUUUGGAGCUGGGGCAGCCGCGGAUGACCCAAUCCACAACACCUCUCUCUCCCGCACGUUCCUCAAUCGGGUGGAGCUGUCGAAACAAAACUACGACGAAAAAACCUCGUUGGAGAAAUACGGCGAGAACGAACACUACAAAGAAUUCAAACGCCGAGUCUGGGACGUCUCCCACGAAGGUGAAACCCUCCCGCGCCCAAAACGAUGGUUCGCUGAUCUCAACGACCCUGAAUCCGAAUCCGAAUCCGAAGACGACCUUGUUAUGUCCCAUGCCCGGACCUCCCUCAAGUGUCCACUCACGCUCACGCUUGUUGUGGAUCCCGUUACGUCGACGGUGUGUCCGCACAGUUUCUCGAAGGAGGCUAUUCAGGAUUUGUUGAGGCAGAAUGGGGGGAGGUGUGAUUGUCCGGUACCGGGGUGUGAUAAGCAGUUGACGUCGGCUACGCUGAAGGCUGAUAGGGUUUUGGAAAGAAGGGUGAGAGAGGCGAGGGAGAGGGAGGAGGAAGGUGUUGAUGCUGAGAUGUUGGAUAGCAGCGAUGCUGAAGAUGAGGGAUACAUGAAGAUCGAGUAGGCGAUUUAAGGACCGGUUGUAUACGGAGCAUCCCAGGGAGAUUCGGUCGUUGGCGCAGGUAUUUGACGAUUUACGGAGUUCUGGCGUCUCAUUUUCGGCAGUUCAUUAGGUCUUCCACGGGUAUACGGUAAUCAUGCAAUUCGUCGCUAUUCUUACUUCACAACAUACUACCCCCAUGAUGAUCCCAU